CGUCGCCUUUUUCUUUCCUUUUCGCGAAACUUAGUCCCCCCCUCAAUCACUUCUUUUUAUAUAUAAAUGUCCAGCAGUUCUGUCGACAUUGGAACGCUCGAACGCGCAGAAGCAACGUUUGACGAUCUACCUGAUCUAGCGGACAACUUAAUCAUCAAAUCGAGAUCAUUUCACCGUCAAUAUGCCAGUUUAUACUUUGUUCGGCUACUCAAAUUACGUCCAGCGGUUUUAGCACAGGCCAAGCUUCGCUGGGAAAGCUUACCUGAUAAACCAAAGUAUGUACCCAAAGUCCUUGAUACCGGUAUUAAACGCUGCUAUGUUGUUGGUACCAUUUAUGUUGAAAUGCAACUCAAACCGAACGUUUUGAAGGAUCUUACAGAAGAGACUUCAAUAUCAGCACCAACAAUGCCACGUAAAUAUAAGGGCUCAGAAGACAAGAUUUCCAUUGAAGAUGAAUCUGGUCGUAUUGAGUUGGUUGGUGCUAUACUAGAGAAGGAGUUUUGGGUCACUGGCACCGUGGUUGCUUUGCUCGGAAAAGAAACAGCGGCUGGAAGCUUUGAAGUACAAGAAGUGUGCUAUCCAGGUGUUGCACCACAACCCCCUAUUCCUCAGAACAAUGACAAUUCCAAAUACGUCGCCUUGAUAUCGGGUUUGAACGUUGGUGCUGAUCCUGCAACAGACCUGAAAUUACAGUUAUUGACGGAAUAUCUGACUGGGGAACUGGGAACUAUGGAUAUACAAAAAUCAAGCUCACGAAUCACUCGAGUAGUUAUCGCUGGUAACUCCAUCGGUACACGGCAGCUUAUUGAAGAAGAUCAAAAGACAAAAAAAUAUGGUUACGACUCUACACGAUACGAUGCCGCUCCAUUAAAUCAAUUCGACGAGUUACUGGAAGAGUUGUGUGCAAGUGUUCCCGUGGAUAUUAUGGCCGGAGAAAAAGAUCCGGUCAAUUGCCAGCUGCCACAGCAACCACUUCAUCCAUCCUUAUUCACAAAAGCAAAAGAAAACGCCACCAUGCGCAGCGUCACCAAUCCAUAUUGGUGCAAGAUGGAUGAUGUCACAUUCCUGGGAACGUCUGGACAAAAUGUGGACGAUAUAUUCAAAUAUGCAGAUAGUGAUGAUCCGAUCGUCAUGGCAGAACGAUGUCUGUUCUGGAGACAUAUCGCACCAUCUGCACCUGAUACCCUUUGGUGUUAUCCCUUUCAAGACAAUGAUCCAUUCAUCUUAGAUAAUAGUCCACACGUAUAUUUCAUAGGCAAUCAACGACAAUUUGAACAAAGUACGAUUGAAGGUCCCGAAGGUCAAAAAGUACGGGUUGUCUUGGUGCCAGCCUUCUCUGAAACUGGUUCUAUCGUGCUUGUCAACUUGGGUACAUUAGAAUGCAGUGAGAUUUGUAUAGACGUAUGACAAUAAGUAAAUAGUAAUAAUAAAAGUCGGACCGAAUCUAAUCACAUAA